AUGAUAAAAACGUUUGGUUCGAGUGUUGGUCAGCUUCAAACGCAAGAUCUUGUACAACUCACGGUGAAAGGAGAAGACUCCAAUCAAAUUGUUCAGCUUAAUGCAUUUACUAUACCAACAAUUUGCUCACCAUUAAAGAACCAAGCUAUUGAAAUUGCUUGUCAUAAUUAUUCCCAUCUUCAAGGACUCAAGCUUGCAGACAUUGGUCCGGAAAGUAACAUUGGUUCUGAAGUAGACAUUCUAAUUGGCGGUGACUAUAAUUAUUGGCAUUUCUUGAACGGAGACAUAAGACGGGGGGAGCUUGGCCCUGUUGCUGUAAACUCCAUGUUUGGGUGGGUUCUUUCGGGCCCAGUUGACGAUGAGGUUGAAUCAACUCAAGUGAAUUUAACCAGCACACAUGUUCUUCGAGUAAGCAAUGAAACAGCUACCAUCCAUCCUGGAGACAAACGUCUGGAGAAGCAACUACGUCAAUUUUGGGACCUCGAAGCAAUCGGGAUUUCUUCAUCUGAAGAGACCAUACAAGAUCAAUUCAAGAAGGAUGUCGACUUCAAAGAUGGCCACUACGAGGUGAAAUUGCCAUGGAAACCAUCUCAUGACACACUCCCAGACAAUUACCAGUUAUGUAGGCGACGUCUAGGAUCCUUGGUGGGCAAGUUAAAGGCACAAAAAAUUAUCGAAGAAUAUGACGGUGUAAUCAAAGAUCAGCUCAAAAUGGGAAUCAUUGAAGAAGUCAACCCAAGCGGUACAUCAACAGUUGGUAUAACACAUUAUAUUCCUCACCAUCCUGUUAUCAGACGUGAUAAGAAUACCACAAAGCUCAGGAUUGUUUACGACGCGUCAGCGAAAGUUAAUAACAAUCCAUCUCUAAACGAAUGCUUGUAUAAAGGCCCGUGCCUUCUGCCAAAGUUAGCUGAUGUGUUAAUGAGAUUCCGGACGAACAAGGUGGCCCUGAUUGCAGACAUUGAGAAAGCUUUUUUAAUGGUCUCUGUGUUACCUGCAGAUCGAGAUGUUCUUCGGUUUCUGUGGAUUGAUGAUACGGACAGUGAUAAUCCUAAGGAAGUCAUAUAUCGGUUUUGUCGUGUGGUAUUCGGUGUUACAUCAAGUCCAUUCUUAUUGAAUGCUACUCUUGAAUAUCAUAUAUCGAACUAUCCUCAGAUCGAUCCAGAGCUCGCAAGAAGAAUCAUUGACAGCUUGUAUGUAGAUGAUCUAAGUACGGGAGAGCAAACCGACGACAAAGCAUUCGCAACCUACCUCAAGUUGAAGGAGAUUAUGAAGAUAGGCGGUUUCAACUUGCGUAAGUGGUGUUCUAACUCUGCUAGUCUUCGAAGACAAAUCCAGUGCGAAGAAUCAGAGUCUGAUCCACCAGGAGACCAAGAUCAAACACAGAAUCAAGAAAUCAUGGAAGAAGAUCUGUCGUAUGCAAAGUUAUCCUUAAUAGCCGAAUCCUCAAAUUUAAACCAGGCAGAGCAAAAGGUUUUGGGUCUGAAUUGGAACUUUGCAAAGGACACAUUCGUUUUCCGGUUUGACGACAUAAUCAAACUAGCGAGUGAAUUGCCUUCUAGUAAACGAAGUAUUUUAAAGAUCAUUGCCAAGGUGUUCGACCCGUUGGGUGUUCUUACCCCUAUAUUUACUGAAAUGAAGGUUUUAUUCCAAGAACUUUGUCAAAGCAAAUUGGGCUGGGACGAACCUUUAUCCGAACUGUUAUAUCAUAAGUGGCAAAGCUGGUGCGAUGAAUUGAACAAGGUUGGGUACAUCGAAAUUCCACGGUGUUACUUGAGUAACUCGGCAGACGGUUCUAUUUCUUAUCAGUUGCAUGGAUUUUGUGACAGUUCGCGUGUCUGUUACGCAGCCGUUGUCUAUUUGAGAGUCGAGACCGAGGUCGAUAUCCGUACUUCAUUAGUUAUGUCGAAGACAAGAGUAGCUCCACUUUCCCAGACUUCAAUACCAAGACUUGAACUGUUAUCUGCUUUAAUCCUUGCACGAUUAAUGGCUAAAGUUAUGUCAGCGCUUCAAUCGGUAAUCGAUAUUGACAUAAUAAAAUGCUGGACGGACUCAAUCACAGCAUUGUUUUGGAUUCAGGGGAAAGAAAAGGAAUGGAAGACGUUUGUGGAAAACCGAGUCAAUGAAAUUCGUAGUUUAGUGCCGGUAGAAUGUUGGUCUCACACUCCCGGAAGGGAUAACCCGGCAGACAUUCCUUCGCGGGGAGCAAAGGCAUCACAAUUACAGACUAGCGACACUUGGUUUCAUGGUCCUUCGUGGUUGGUUUGCGAUGAAGGUGAAUGGCCAGCUUCUAAACCCCUUUCCCAACCUUCGGACGAAUGCAAUCAAGAACUAAAGUUAAAUCGAGGAGGUCUAUCAACUACAAGCCUGGCGAAUACCCAAGUAAAUUUAACAUACCUGCUUGAUCCUAAACGUGUAUCCAGAUUCCACAAACUCUUGCGAAUUACGGCGUAUGUAUUGAGGUUUAUCAAUCACAUUCAAAGGAAACCAUAUAGCACUGGCCCACCUAGGACUGCAGAAAUUAAAGCUGCAGAAAUCAUAUGGACGAAGGAGGCACAGCGGGACAUGGACAUAAAGCAGUUAGAAAGGCAACUUGGACUGUUUAAAGAUGAAAAUCAAGUUAUUCGGUGUAAGGGACGUGUGGGUAAUGCAGAACUUCCAUACGUUACCAGAUUCCCUGCUUUAUUGCCUCGUCAUCAUUGGCUCACUACUCUAAUUGUACGAUAUUGUCAUGAACGUGUCCUUCAUAAUGGCUUGAAGGAAACACUAGCCGAAGUGCGUUCGAAGUUUUGGAUUACCAAGGGUCGACAGACGGUUAAGUCUGUACUCUUUAAGUGUUCUGUCUGUAAAAGACUUCAAGGGAGACAUUAUCCAAUUCCAGAAUCACCGGAUCUACCGUCAUUUCGUGUUUGCGAAGAAUAUGCCUUUAGUUGCGUAGGGGUGGACUUCGCAGGUCCACUCUAUGCAAGGUCUUGGAACAACGGCGAAAGAGAAAUGAUUAAGACUUACGUAGCGUUAUUCACUUGUGCCAGUAGCAGAGCUGUACAUUUGGAACUUGUUCCAAACCUCGAAGCAAAAAUAUUCAUGUUGUGUCUCAGAAGAUUUGUCAGUCGUCGCGGGCUUCCUCGGCUUAUAGUCUCGGAUAACGCCAAAACGUUCAAGUCAGCCAAGAAAACGCUUCAAAGACUAUUCGACAUACCCGAGGUGAAGAACUUUCUGGUCAACAAAGGUAUUGAAUGGAGAUUCAAUCUUGCAAAAUCCCCCUGGUGGGGUGGAUUUUUUGAGCGUAUGGUCAAGGGAGUUAAAACGUGCUUAAAGAAAGUGCUCGGAAAAUCGCAGUUAUCGUUUGAUGAACUAUCUACCAUUCUCGCAGAAAUCGAGGCUGUUUUGAAUUCACGUCCCUUGACAUACUCGUACAGCGAUGACAUCGAAGAAGCGAUCACACCCGCACACCUUAUUAUCGGGCGUAGAUUGUUGAAUUUACCUGACGGUGUAGUUCGAGAAGAAAACUUUGACGGUGAAAGCGGUAAGGAAGCAGUUCAAAGACGUGCAACGUACGUCGCGAAGAAAAUUCAACAUUUUUGGCAACGGUGGAAGCGCGAGUACCUUGUUGACAUUCGUGAGUUUCAUCGUCCGAAAAAGGGUAAUACUAGCACGUCACCUGUUCAAGUCGGGGAUAUUGUUUCGAUUCGGGAUGAGUCGCAGUUGCAACGAGGAUUGUGGUCGAUGGGCAAGGUCGAGAGACUCGUGACGGGCAGAGACGGUAACGUUAGAGGUGCUCGAGUUCUUCGCGUGAAAAACGGUAAAAGAAAUAUAAUCGACAGACCUUUACAAAAACUCUAUCCAUUGGAGAUACGGUGCGCAAACACGGAAGAAGACAAGGUAAAGCCAGCGCGCGGAGACGAAGGUAAGAUUGAAACGUUUGAACGGACAACGCCCAAGAGGGCUGCGGCAGUUAUUGCUAACGACCGGAUUGGCCAGUAUUUCGAGGACGAAUAG